CGAAAUACAUGCUACUAGAGCAGUUUUUAUCCCAGAUAUAGUUAGUGUGCGUCCAAUCGAGUCCAAAACAACAACCAAACCAGCGACCACAACCAUUGAAAGCCAUCAAGAUGAAAUUAUUACGGAAAAAGUGUUUGAAAAAACGACGGAACCCCUCCUUUCACCUACGGAAGCUACUACUAAUGCUAUGAAUGAAACAACGAGCGGUAUCCAGCAGUUAUACACAGAAAAAAUCAAUAUAACUCAAUUGUCUUCAACAGAAUCACAGGGCGAACAUAGAACCGUGUCGUCUAAUGUCCCUCAAAUGGAGUCGAAUGUAAAAUCCACAGUACCUUCAUUUACUGUUCACAAAGAAGCAGAAACAACAAAAGCAAGAUUGAGUAAACUUGGUACCGAUUCAGAUGAGCCAUCGACUAUCAGCAACAGUAUUUUUAAAACGCUUCUUUUUUCCUCCAGUAGCACGUUUGCCACGAAUACUGCUGCAGUGGAGAAACAAAGUGAGUCGCUAACUAAUCAGAAUACAGAGACUGCCACAACAACUUCAACAUCGACUGAAGAUGCAUCCACGGUCACCCAAAAGGGUAUCAAUGAAGGCACACAAGAGAAGAAAAUUUUAAGCCAAACUGAUACCACUACAGCCUCUUCUACUACCAAAUUAUAUGUUGAUAGUUCGGAUGAAAGCGGAGUCAUAAUGCCUUCGUUAAGAGAUGUUAUUCACGACACUAUUCCUCGCAGCAAGUCGAACUUGUCUGCGAUAUUGGAACAAUUUCAUAAACACUUUGGUGAUCGUCUUCUCGUAAUUCAGAAAAAGACCAUUGAAUCAACGACAACCAGUCAGCCAACAACAACGACCAGUCAGCCGACAACAACGACGACCAGUCAGCCAACAACGACGACCAGUCAGCCAACAACGACGACUAGUCAGCCAACAACGACGACUAGUCGGACAACAACGACGACCAGUAAACCAAUGAUGACGACCAGUGAGACAACAACAACUAGUCAGCCAACAACAACGACCAGUCAGCCAAUAACGACGACCAGUCAGUCAACUACAACGGCCAGUCAGCCAACUACAACGACCAGUCAGCCAACUACAACGACCAGUCAGCCUACAACAACGACCAGUCUGGUGGCAACCAAAGCCAGUCAGCGACCAACGAGGGCCAGUCAUUCAACAACAACGACCAGUCAGGCAACAACAACGACCAGUCAGCCAACAAUGACGACCAGUCAAGCAACAACAAUGACCACCACGCCAACAACGACAAUGACAAGUUUGCCAACUGCAACGACCAGUCAGCCUACAACAACGACCAGUCAGCCAACAACAACGACCAGUCAGCCAACAACAACGACUAGUCAGCCAACAACUAAGACCAGACAGACGACCAGUCAGCCAAAUACAACAAACAGUCAUCCAAUGACGACGAUCAGUCAGCCAACAACAAUGACCAGCCAGUCAAUAACGACGACCAGUCAGUCAACUACAACGACCAGUCAGAUAACUACAACGACCAGUCGGGUGACAACAAAAGCCAGUCAGCCAACAACGAGGGCCAGUCAGUCUACAACAACGACCAGUCAAGCAACAAUGUCGACCAGUCAUCCUACAACAACGACCAGUCAAGCAACAACAACGACCAGUCAGCCAACAACAACGACUAGUCAGCCAACAACUAAGACCAGACAGACGACCAGUCAGCCAAAUACAACAAACAGUCAUCCAAUGACGACGAUCAGUCAGCCAACAACAAUGACCAGCCAGUCAAUAACGACGACCAGUCAGUCAACUACAACGACCAGUCAGAUAACUACAACGACCAGUCGGGUGACAACAAAAGCCAGUCAGCCAACAACGAGGGCCAGUCAGUCUACAACAACGACCAGUCAAGCAACAAUGUCGACCAGUCAUCCUACAACAACGACCAGUCAAGCAACAACAACGACCAGUCAGCCAACAACAACGACUAGUCAGCCAACAACUAAGACCAGACAGACGACCAGUCAGCCAAAUACAACAACCAGUCAUCCAACGACGACGACCAGUCAGGCAACAACAACGACCACCCAACCAACAACGACCACCCAACCAACAACGACGACCAGUCAGCCAACAACAACGACCAGUCAGCCAACAACAACGACUAGUCAGCCAACAACUAAGACCAGACAGACGACCAGUCAGCCAAAUACAACAACCAGUCAUCCAACGACGACGACCAGUCAGGCAGCAACAACGACUACCCAACCAACAACGACGACCAGUCAGGCAACAACGACGACCACCCAGCCAACAACGACGACCAGUCAGCCAACAAAUAAGACCAGACAGACGACCACUCAGCCAAAUACAACAACCAGUCAGUCAAAAAUAACGACCAGACAGACGACCACUCAGCCAAAUACAACAACCAGUCAGUCAAAAAUAACGACCAGACAGAUGACCACUCAGCCAAAUACAACAACCAGUCAGUCAAAAAUAACGACCAGUCAGCCAAAUACAACAACAAGUCAGCCGACAACGACUACCAGUCAGACAACAUCAACGACUAUUCAGUCAACUGCGACGACCAGUCAGGCACCAACAAAUACAACCAGUCGGGCUUCAACAACGACCAGUCAGCCAAUAACAACGACUAGUCAGACGACCAGACAGCCAUCGAAGACUACCAGUCAGUCAACAACGACGACCAGUCGGUCAACAACGACGACCAGUCAGUCAACGACGAUGACCAGUCAACCGACAACGGCGACCAGUCAACCGACAACGUCGACCAGUCAACCGACAACGACGACCAUUCAGCCAAACACAACAACUAGUCAGCCAACGAUGACGACCAGCCAGCCAACAACUAGGACCAGACAGACGACCAGUCAGCCAACGACAACGACCAGUCCGCCAGAUACAACAACCAUUCAGCCAACAACUACUAGUCAGGCGACCAGCCAGUCAUCAACGUCGACCAGUCAGCCAACAAUGACGACCAGUCAGCCAACAACAACGACCACUGCAAAUUUAACGCCAAGACGCUCUUUCAUAUCAGGAAUGCGUAAAGUAGUAAAAUGCCGAAAGACAAAGUCAGGAAGAAAAGUCUGCAUUCCAGUUCUUAGAAGAAUGAAAUGGAGAAAAAAUAAAGAACAAAUAACCAUAGGAGGAAGACCAAUGAAAUAUUACGUUUCGAGAAAACUUUCAAGAACGAAAUUUUCACAAAAAGAAUGUCAGAAACGAUGCGGAUUACGAGGAAAAUGUACAACUUACGGAAUGUGCAAAUGUGAACCUGAAUACGCGGGACAAUUUUGUGAACGAUCAUCUUGUGACGUCAUGUGUAAGAACAAUGGUGUCUGUACUUCAAGAAACACCUGCAAAUGUGUUAAUGGAUAUUUUGGGCCAACAUGUGGCGAAUUCAGAUGUGAAGACCCAUGCCAAAAUGGAGGCACAUGUAUACGACCCAACACCUGCAACUGUGCAAAAGGAUUUGAAGGCAAUCUGUGUGAAAAUCCGGUUUGCGAUCCUGGCUGUGUGAACGGAGGAAAAUGUGAAUCUGGCAACGUGUGUUUGUGUCCCCAAGGUUACGAGGGAGACAGAUGCCAGAAAGCCGUCUGCAAUCCUGAGUGUCAAAAUGGCGGCCAUUGCAUCAGGAAGAAUGUGUGCACCUGCGCGAGAUUGUUCCUGGGUGACAGAUGCCAGAUAAGUGUCUGUUCCCCAGGAUGUGGUCACGGCGGUCGUUGUAUGAAAAAUAAUAAAUGUCUUUGUAAGACCGGGUGGACUGGGAACCAUUGCAAUACACCAAUAUGUAUUGACAAAUGUGCAAACGGUGGUGUCUGUGUUUCUCCUAACAAAUGUAAAUGCAAGGCAGGAUGGUCUGGAUCUUCAUGCAGGACAGGUCAUUGCAGAAGAUGUCGGUUCGGUUCGCGCUGCGUACGACCAAAUACUUGUCGAUGUCCGUACGGUCCACGAGGAAAGAGCUGUAGGCUGAGGUUACUUCUCAGCAGAAGAUCUUCAAUACGGCGAUUUUGAAACUGGAUCUACCUUUCUAAUCAGAAUCUCCAUUGACCGAACAAAGGGACGUCGAUUCAGAAGUAGAGAACGAGCACAAACUCUCGUUCGUCAUAAACUUCAUCCGCUAUAGUCAAGGUUCUAAAAUGUACCUAUGUCAUCAUAGUGUUUUGAACUAUGCUUGUGUGUCGUCAGAAUGCUAAAUCUACUUUUUACUUAUGACGUAAUACGCCGUUUGAAUACUAUUUAUUGAGCUAUUUAUUGUAUUAACUUCGCUUUUUUAAAAACUGAACAAUGAUAAAAAUGAUUGCAGUGCUUCUGGCAUUGUAAAAAAGUAUUUGUUCUCGCGCUAUUUGAGUAGAUCUCUGCCGUUUUACCUGAAAAUGAGGUCCUUUCGAAUAAAACCAGGUUAUGUACAUGUGAUUACUGCCAGAAGCAAUGCAUUAAACCAGGGAUGUGCAACCUGCGGCACACAAGGAAAAUUUGUGCGGCCUGCAGAGAAGUGCCAAUUUUGAAUCAUGUGCGGCUUGCGAGUUUUUAAUUAAUUUAGUUUUAUCUGAUAAUUCCAAUCCCCUCGCGUUGCAAUCCUAUACAUUACCAAUCAAAUUUAUUAUCUAUGCCUAUGACGUUAUAAUGCCCUAACAGCGAAAAACACAUGUCAUAAAAUUAAUAACCAAAACUAAAAGGCCUAUGUUUAAUGAAGGUGCGGCCGCAGGUUCACUCAUUUUUUUGUAUAUCUGGCCCACUGGUAUUAAAGGUCGCACACCCUUAAUUCAAAAUACGCACAGAAACUGCUUAAAAUUGAAUUCUAAAAGAUGUAGGCAUACUCUGCCUGAAUCUAUUUCCACGUUGAGUCGACGAAUUGAAAUGAAAACUGCGGCACCUGAGUUGUUUAUGAUUUCAAAACUUUGCGGAAUUUAUCAUGCAGAUCUGGCUGGCCUCCUGGCAGUAGACUUUCAAAUCCUGUGCCAACUGGUAUCACUAACUUUCCUGAUGAAUCCUAAACUCUCGGAUCGU